UUUAGCUGCACACUAUUGUAGAACUACAAUACCCACAAUGCACCACUGCCGCCAGCAACAAGGAAGUAGAACAGGUAAACGUCAAAAUCAAAACGCUGUCGCCUGCGUGCAUGUUAGUGUUUUACUAGAUGUUAACACUCAUCUGAAGUCAUGGCAGGAAACAUCCAGCAGCUCAACGAGUCUGCAGUGAUCCGCAGCCUCCGCAGGUUCAGAGAUAGAUACUUUACAAACAGUGGUAAAGUUGUUAAAGACGACUUGACGCCAGACGCCCGAGGAGAUGAGGCACAACCGGCUUUACUGGAUAGUUUACCGGUGGACGUACAGUUCCUGAUCAUGACCUUUCUGUCUCCUGCGGAUAUCUGCUGCCUGGGAGGCACCAGUCGGUACUGGAGGGCCAUGGUUAGAGAUCCAUUACUGUGGAGGUACUUCCUGCUGAGAGACAUGCCAAACUGGCCCUCCAUUGAUCAUGUGAGCAUGCCCCAACUGGACCUGUUGGAUGCACCACUAAUCAAUGAAGAUGAGAGCCUGGACGACAGAGAAGAGGGGGACGACAGAGGGAUGGAGUCGAAAUUUGACUACAUGUCAGAAUACCUGAAAGGCUGCCCAUCCUGCAGACAACAGUGGCUUCCUUCACGGCCGGCAUAUGAGGUCGUCACCUCAUUUCUUCAGUCUCUGGUGCCCUCAUCUGAACCACGUUAUGCCAUGUUUGGCCCCGGCAUGGAGCAGCUGGAUGUCUCUUUAGUCACAAGGCUCAUGCACGCCCCAGAUGUGCUUCCUGUGUCGGGCACUCCUCACAGACAGAUUAAUGGUAUUGGCUCAGGGAUCAGUUACAUGUUCAACCACCAACACAGAUUUAACAUCCUGACUCUGUACUCAACCAAUAGGGCAGAAAGGGAAAGAGCCAGAAUCCAGCAGCAGAGCAUCAGUAGUAAACUUUUUACCUUUGAAGGAACAGAUGACUCAGGCAAUCCAAUUUACAGCCCCGCUCCUCAGGUCCAGCAAGUGUGCCAGGUGGUGAAUGGUUUCAUCUAUGUAGCCAACGCAGAGCCUGGUAGAGGUGAGGGAGAGUCCGAGGUGGCUCAGAUUCAGGCUGUGCUGAGCUCUGCCGAGGGUUCGGCUUCCAGGCCUCUGCUGGUGCUCUCCUGUGUCUCAAGAGAAGAACCGGAAGAGGUCGGGAUUACCAGCCUACCGACUAUUACCAGCAGAAACAGGGCCAGGUGUCGAACUCCCUGUGUUGACAUGGCACAGAGGCUCGGACUACCCCAGCUGGCUAACCCCUGGCUGGUGCAGGAUACAGUAGCAGAAUCCCUGUCAGGUCUUCUGGAUGGCAUUUCCUGGUUGCUGAGAUGUUCUGGAGUCAAACUCUAGUUGUCUAAUUUCUGCUGCUGCCUGAUGAAUGAAAACCACAAACUUCACUGCUGCGUCACACCAGACACACUAUGGCAUUUCCUGAGUACCACAUGUGCGCCGAAUAUCUCAGUCUUGGAGCGUCGUCUGUGGGAUUUAAUGAAUCGGAUCAGCACCAGGGCUGAUGGGUUUCUAACUAUUAUUCACCCGGGAGAACUGAGAGAGACCCUGAAGAAAGAGCCAUGUAAAGGAGUUAUAGCAGGACAGGAGGUUAUACAUUUGUCUGGGAGCUUCACAGUAAACCCUCAAACUGGGUUUGUUGAACACUAAGCUCUAUAUGGAGCAGCAGGGUCAUAAAUACCCUGCCUGAAGUUAUAGAAAAAAAUAGUUGUUGUGGAUGGAAGGAACGCUGCUUGUUCAAUGCAGAAAAGCAGGAAAAACAGGAUAAACAGACUCAGGUGCAGAAGUAGAAAACCAAAAUGAAAGAAGUGGUAAAAUCCACACAUGUAAAAACUCAAUUUAUUACCAGCUUACUGAUUAUCUUGUAUGCUACCUACAUAUGUAAGUAUUAUGCUACUUUAAUUUAUGCACCAUAUCUUGACACAGGUUUACAAUUUGUGAGCUGCUAACUAAACAGGUUGCCCGCUGUUGGCUUUAAAAUGGGAUAGAGAUUGUACCAUUUUUGACAUGACAUUUAUCAGUGUUUUAUUAAAGGAACAUUGUGUAACAAUUA